AUGGUCUCUAGAGCUUGCGCUCUCAGCUGGGUGAGGGGUCUGGCCUCGAUCUCCUGGUCCUGGGACAGCGAGCCCCUGCAUGUUCGGCAGGACACGAUACGAGUAUUUGCCCGGCUAAUCCCAGCACCAUCCGAACGGUUCGGCCGUGCCCAGCAUGGAUCGCAACGGGCUAUAAUUGGCUGUGAGGCUCUGCAAACGUCUCUCUCCAAGGCUUACGGCAUCAGUCACCCUCACCCGCAGUCAGACACCGUCAAACAGCGCUGCAGUGGCCCGUCCCAGUGCUCAGCGUACUCGUACGGGUGCGAGUACGCGUAUCUCGAGAUUUGCGAGAUUCGUGCAAGUACCCUCAAGUAUCAAUCGACAGUGACACCCGUGCAACCAGCCCUUUUGCGAUGA